UUGACAAGAUGGUCACAGAAGAGGAGAAGCAGCACGCCAUGAAGGCCGGUACCAUUCCUGACCACGCCGAGAAGUUCAACUACGAUGGCAACGCCGACUUCUCAACCCGACUCAUCAUGAAGCCAGAUCCGAUCUCAAAGUGUGUUACAAAGGCUCGAAAGGCUGUCGAGGUUUAAAGGCGCGGAUGAUCAACGCAUAUCACGAAGACGGGAUGGAUCUCACAAAGCUGGCAUAGAUAUCAUGAUAGGGUGGGUUCUAUAGCAUCAUUGAACCAACAUCAUGUUGGAGAUGGAUUUGAUGGAUACGAUGGGAGGAAC